CACCGAGCGUUAUUGGUAACGUAAAUGGGAACGCCCUUCCGGGACGCGCGCGCCCUUGAGGUUGGAAGACAAUUCAUUGUUCCGGAUUCUGUAAACAGAGAGGAAGUGACGUUACCGAGAACAACAACGUCGGUAACAAUACCGAGGAGCCGCAGGUGAGAAGGUCCAGCCCCAGAGACCUGUCACGGCUCGCGCCUAGAGCUCCCUCCCCACCCCCUUCUUCGCUGUGCGAGUAACGGUGACACCAGGCUCGCGGCCGAGUAUUAAAGUGGCGGUAGCGGGCCUAGGGUUCGCCCCAGGCAGUGUUGGUGAGUCACUUAUGUCCAUGUGGGAAAAAGUGAACCACCUACCUCAAUGAGUCAUAAAAUGCACCUACUGUAAUCCUUUCUUCACAAGUAUUCUUCACAAGGAUUGUUCUGAAGUCCAGAUCUCUUCAAAGACUGCUUGACUGGUUGGAAAUUAUGCUAGUAAACCACUACCAACUGGAAACCAUGAAGCAACAUUUUACAUAGUUGAGAUUGAAAUCAUGGCAUCUUCAACAAAUCUAGAUAUUGGGGCACAGAUAAUUGUGGAAGAGUGCACCAGCAGCUAUAGUCUGUCUCACAUGCCAGACAUUAAAGUAGAGCAUCAGCUUGACUCCACCACCGAAGAAGGCCCAGCUCAGAGUGUCGCCAUGGGAAUGAAAUUCAUUUUGCCUAAUAGAUUUGAUAUGAAUGUCUGUUCUCGGUUUGUGAAGUCAUUGAAUGAAGAAGAUAGUAAAAAUAUUCAAGACCAGGUCAACUCUGACCUUGAAGUGGCGUCUGUCUUAUUUAAAGCUGAAUGCAACAUCCAUACUUCCCCUUCUCCUGGAAUUCAAGUAAGACAUGUCUACACUCCAUCUACAACUAAACAUUUUUCGCCCAUAAAACAGUCUACUACUUUAACUAACAAACAUAGGGGAAAUGAGGUCUCUACAACACCUCUCCUUGUAAAUUCUCUGUCAGUUCACCAGCUGGCUGCUCAAGGGGAAAUGCUUUAUUUGGCCACACGUAUUGAACAAGAAAAUGUAAUCAACCAUAAAGAUGAAGAAGGUUUUACCCCUCUGAUGUGGGCUGCAGCGCAUGGACAGAUAGCAGUGGUAGAAUUUCUGCUUCAGAAUGGUGCAGAUGCUCAGAUUUUGGGGAAAGGGCGAGAAAGUGCACUAUCAUUGGCCUGUAGUAAGGGAUACACAGAUAUUGUCAAAAUGCUGCUUGAUUGUGGAGUUGAUGUAAAUGAGUAUGACUGGAAUGGAGGGACACCUCUUCUAUAUGCAGUACAUGGAAAUCAUGUGAAAUGUGUAAAAAUUCUCUUAGAAAAUGGUGCUGAUCCAACUAUUGAGACAGAUUCUGGCUAUAAUUCCAUGGAUUUGGCUGUGGCUUUAGGCCAUCGGAGCGUUCAACAGGUUAUUGAGGCUCAUUUAUUGCAGCUCCUUCAAAAUAUCAAGGAGUAAUGGCCUGCUGUUCAUAGAAAAUUGGUCCAGACCUGAAGAUUUGGACUGUGUUUUAGCCCCACAAUCAGUGAUAAAGGCUUGUUAACUUAUUUAACUUUACCUCAGUGAAAAUAUUUGCUGGUUUUAGUAAGAUUUUAGUACACUUUCUUUAUGUAUUUCACUGAUGUUCAUAGAAAUCUGUGAUAAUUGAUCCUUUUGUAAAUGUAUUUUAUGUAAAUUUUAAAAAAUGUAAUCAAUGUGUGUUGCAUGAAAACCUUGAAAAAAAUAUAUAAUUAUAGCUGCGUAAAUGUUCACAUUAAGUACAGUAGUUGACUUUCUACAGAGUAUUCCACUAGGUUGUGUCAAUGAUAUGGUAUCCACAUAGACUUCGUUUUAGAUUUUUAGGUGUGUACCACAGAAGACAAGUUUCUUUAUUGUUUAUAGGACAAAAAAAGUGCACAAUGUGUGGUUGUUUACAAAUUCUUAUGCAGUUGAAUUAAAAUACUUGUCAAUUUCUGUA